AUGAAUACCACAGAUAACCAACUGCACUUUAUCAAUAUAACCAACACCUGUGAAGCUUCAUCUUUCACUAUCACUCUUCUUCCUGCAGAGAUUUUCAAUCCGCAGUACUCCACGCAGUGUGUCCAGACCGUCAAGCAUAAGCGGAAUCGUCUUGACCUAUCUGAUGAACACACGUACUGCCAUAUCUGUGGAUGGACUUUCUUGCACAAGGACGCCUAUGAAAAGCAUUUGUACGUAUCGAAGUGCCAUUGCCAUUGUCAGGAUUGCAUGAAGAGGUUCCAGUCCUCCUCUUCUUUUCGGAGACAUAGAUGCGAUUACGGAGAAGGUGAUUGCGAGAGGAGCCCUGAAUGGUCAGAAGAUGAGUUGGCAAUUAUGCAAGAGCUAGAACGGAACCUGGUAUCAAGCGGAAAAUUAGAUUGGCCGGAAUGGUUCGUGCGUCCUCCCAAUUCAACAUGGCGAGGGUCACACUCUAAUGUUAAACAACCUCUGGAAAACAAAAAUGGACUGGACGUCGAAGCCUGCCUGCGGGAGACACUUCUGCGACGGAUGUGCACAAUUUCUCCCAUUGAUCAUCGGCUGGCGCUGGAGAGGAUGAUGCCGUUAUACACAAAGCAGAAUUUCCACGCAGAAAUACCUGUAUACUCCUUCUCAUGGCAACCGUUUGGUGUAUGUGGUAACUUCUUUGAAUUGAUAUCACAUGGUUGGAUCUAUGGAAUGGACAAGCUGAGUAACAAUUCGUGGAACUUUGCUCAACAGACUGAAAUGACUUGGGUGAAUGGAAGCUGUUCAUACGCCCCCCAGGCCCCUCAAAUCAGGGCUGAGAUAUGGAAGUCAACUUUUUCUGCAUUACAUGAGACUUUGAAGUCCGAAUCUUCAUUUCGGCCGAAAUCUAUCUGGAGACUGCUUAAGAACGAGAGCAAGGAUACACAGACGACACUCUCAGGUAGCUUUACGGCUUGA